UCGCGGUGCGUUUCCCGCCGCCGGGGUCAGGGGUCGGGGUUCGGGUUGCGGGGCGGAGGGAAGAGAAGAGAAGAGCGAGCGGCUGGGCGGGAGGCGCCGGCGCCAGAAGCGGACGGGGAGUUAAAAAAAAAAAAAAAAGUUCUCCGACACGAGCAGCCGUCCAGAGGCCGCGGAGUCCGGGACGCCCGAGCCGCCGCGCCCCCAUGGCGGCCACCAAGGACACUCAUGAGGACCACGACACCUCCACGGAAAACGCCGACGAGUCCAACCACGACCCCCAGUUUGAACCCAUAGUGUCUCUUCCCGAGCAAGAGAUCAAAACACUAGAAGAAGAGGAAGAGGAACUUUUCAAAAUGCGGGCCAAGCUCUUCCGAUUUGCUUCUGAGAACGACCUCCCAGAGUGGAAGGAGCGCGGCACGGGCGACGUGAAGCUCCUGAAGCACAAGGAGAAGGGGACCAUCCGCCUGCUCAUGAGGAGGGACAAGACCCUCAAGAUCUGCGCCAACCACUACAUCACACCGAUGAUGGAGCUGAAGCCCAACGCAGGCAGCGACCGCGCCUGGGUGUGGAACACCCAUGCUGACUUUGCCGACGAGUGCCCGAAGCCGGAGCUGCUUGCCAUCCGUUUCCUCAAUGCUGAGAAUGCACAGAAGUUCAAAACAAAGUUUGAGGAGUGCAGGAAAGAGAUGGAGGUGCUAGGUGAGAAAGGAUCCAGCAAGAACGACGCCACCGAGAACGUGGCUGAGAAGCUGCAGGCCCUCUCGGUGAAGGAGGAGAGUGGGCAGCCAGCGGGGCAGGCCCAGGAGGCCGCCGCGGAGCCAGCCGCAGAGCAGCAAUGAGCCGCCGCCCCGUUUCCUCAUUCCUUUCUUCUCCUUCUGCCUUUUUUCUUUAUUUUAUUAUUUUU